UGUAGCGGUCAGUGCAGGGGGCACCGUGUCCACCUCAGUCACUGGGGCGGCCGGGGGAGAGGGGGGUAGUGAAUGAAGUAAUGGAGGCGACGAAUCAGGAAGUGAUCACCUUGGAGAGUAACCUGCCUCGAAUCCGGCGCUGUCGCUUCAGGGUGGGUUUGGCGAGCAGCGGCGGCAGCUGCCGGGCGGAGUGCUGGCAGCGGGCGCCGGGGAGCCGAGCCGCAGUGAAGUUGGGGACUCGGGGGCGGACGAGUUGUGCGCUUCACCCCAGUUGCCGAGGAACCAGGAAGUGAGUGAGGCUGUUGUCUCCCGGCUGCGCCUGCCACGCUGUCUGGCCGGAGAGGCCGCUGCUGCCCGCGGUCGGGGGCGGCGGGCUUCUCCGUUGACGCUCGCCACCCCCGCCCCUGUCUCCUUUCCGGCUGGGUCCACGAAUCCAUGACUUCCGCAUGGACGAGGCAGUCCCGGGCCAUGUCCGGUAGACCGAUACCCGCCAAAAAAAUGCUCUGACCCUCUUCUUCGCAUCCCCACCUUGUGCGGGCUCCGGAGUAACGGUUCUGUAAAGGGUCACUUAAUGCGGAGGAGCCCGGAAUGGUGUUUCUCUCAGGGGCCCGCCUCCCCUCCCUCGUUUAAUGGGUGGCUGCGAAGAAGUACCCUUAUGCCCCUUCCCUCGUGGGUUGUUUUUUUUAGGGGGGAGAAUGGGAAGGACACAGAUUAUGUUUUGUCCCCCUGACCUGGAGCGUUGGGGCGUCAGAGAAGAACGUUCGUUUUUGUAAACAGCGGUGGAAGCAUCGGUUCAUAGCAGUAAUGCACACUGUACAGAUAAGACCAUCGAAGCUGCUGAAGCCCUGCUUCAUAUGGAAUCUCCUACCUGCUUGAGGGAUUCAAGAAGUCCUGUGGAAGUGUUUGUCCCUCCUUGUGUAUCAACUCCAGAAUUUAUCCAUGCUGCUAUGAGGCCAGACGUCAUUACAGAAACUGUAGUGGAGGUGUCAACUGAAGAAUCUGAACCAAUGGAUACCUCUCCUAUUCCUACAUCACCAGAUAGCCAUGAGCCAAUGAAAAAGAAAAAAGCUCAAAGGGCUUCGCAGAUUAUCAGAUCUUCUGCAAUAGUUGGCCGUAAACCAAAGACCCAGCAAUCACCAAUUUCCAAUGGGUCUCCUGAAUUAGGUAUAAAGAAGAAGCCCAGAGAAGGAAAAGGGAACACAACCUAUUUGUGGGAGUUUCUUUUAGAUCUGCUUCAAGAUAAAAAUACUUGUCCCCGGUAUAUUAAGUGGACUCAGAGAGAAAAAGGCAUAUUCAAGCUCGUGGAUUCAAAGGCUGUGUCUAAGCUUUGGGGAAAGCAUAAGAACAAGCCAGACAUGAACUAUGAGACUAUGGGACGAGCUUUGAGAUAUUAUUACCAAAGGGGUAUUCUUGCAAAGGUUGAAGGACAGAGGCUUGUAUAUCAGUUCAAGGAUAUGCCCAAAAACAUAGUGGUCAUAGAUGAUGACAAAAGUGAAACCUGUAAUGAAGAUUUAGCAGCAGCUGCUGAUGAAAAAUCAUUAGAACGAGUGUCACUGUCUACAGAAAGUCUCCUGAAAGCAGCAACUUCUGUUCGUGGUGGGAAAAACUCAUCUCCUCUAAACUGCUCCAGAGCAGAGAAGGGUGUAGCUAGAGUUGUGAACAUCACUUCCCCUGGUCAUGAUGCUUCAUCCAGGUCUCCUACUACUACCGCAUCUGUAUCAGCAACAGCAGCUCCCAGGACAGUUCGCGUGGCAAUGCAAGUACCUGUUGUAAUGACAUCGUUGGGUCAGAAAAUUUCAACUGUGGCAGUUCAGUCGGUUAACGCAGGUGCACCAUUAAUAACCAGCACUAGUCCAACAACAGCAACCUCUCCAAAGGUAGUUAUUCAGACAAUCCCUACUGUGAUGCCAGCCUCUACUGAAAAUGGAGACAAAAUCACCAUGCAGCCUGCCAAAAUUAUUACCAUCCCAGCAACACAGCUUGCACAGUGUCAACUGCAGACAAAGUCAAAUCUGACUGGAUCAGGAAGCAUUAACAUUGUUGGAACUCCACUGGCUGUGAGAGCACUUACCCCUGUUUCAAUAGCCCAUGGUACACCUGUAAUGAGACUAUCAGUGCCUACUCAACAAGCAUCUGGCCAGACUCCUCCCCGAGUUAUCAGUGCGGUCAUAAAAGGGCCAGAGGUUAAAUCAGAAGCAGUGGCAAAAAAGCAGGAACAUGAUGUGAAAACUUUGCAGCUGGUACAAGAAGAAAAACCAGCAGAUGGAAAUAAGACAGUGACCCACGUGGUGGUUGUCAGUGCGCCUUCAGCUAUUGCCCUUCCUGUGACUAUGAAAACGGAAGGACUAGUGACGUGCGAGAAAUAAAACAGCAGCUCUACCGUGGACUUUAGACUGUUAGUGAUAGUACUAACAUAAAUAUUUGCAAGGGAUGUCAUCAAGAAAAGUCAAAAGAAGACUUUAAAACAUUUUUAAGGCAUAUAAGAAAACAAUCAAACUUACUGGAAAUAAAUUACCUAUCCCAUGUUUCAGUGGGAAGUGAACUACAUAUUGAGAUGCUGACAGAAAACUGCCUCUUACAGUAGGAAACAACUGAACCCGUCAAUAAGAGAAAGGAUUGAAAGGGACCAAGCAACUCACUACAAUAUCAAGUUACACUAAGACUUGGAACACUAACAUUCUGUAAGAGGUUAUAUAGUUUUCAGUGGGGAGGGGUUGGGAUGGGUGAUCUCAUUGUUACAUAUAGCAAUUUUUGAUGCAUUUUAUAUGCAUACCAGCAAUUAUUACUGUGUUCACACAGAACUCACUUAACUGGUGCUAUGUGAAGACUCUGCUAAUAUAGGUAUUUUAGAAUGUGAAUUGAAGAACGGAUCCAAAAACUUCAGAAAGAGGAUAGCAAAAAAGAUCUAGUGCGAAUUUUUUUUUAUAUCAUAUAGCUUAAGCUGAUUUAAAACAAAGGCCUUAGACUAAUUUUUGGUUUUCUUUAUUGAAAUAAGCUAAUGGCUUGUUUGUGUAAAGCUUUUUUAUUAAAAGAAAAAUUUUAAAAAUCUUGUACCUAGCACAGUAUUGUUAUAGAAUUUACAUGUAACAUUUUAUAUGGUAGUUUAAGUCUGUCAGUUUCUUAAUUGUGGACAAAUUAACAGUUGGCCCUGGCCUUUUGCUGUAACAUGCCUGUGUCACUCACUUAGCCCUGGCAUCUGUGCAGACAUAUCAGUUUCAGUUCUUCUGUCACUUGGAAGUUAAGGCUCAGCAUGAAUUUUUGUCAGGUAGCUCUAAUACCUGGAGUUUUCUUUCUUUCUUUCUUUUUUUUUUUUUUAGUUAAAGUUUAAGAGGGAAAGUACCAGUGUUCAGAUUUGAACUAUAAUAGUUUGUAUAUUCAACAUUUGAAGUAUAUUCUAUUUUGUUGUACUCUUGUUUCAAAGUGUAUUCAAGUAGGUUUUCUGAAAUAUAGAAAUGAAAUUUAUCUUG